AUGACCGUCUCGGUCGUCGUUACCCUCCCGACUCAUACCAAACCCUCCUAUGAGCAACGGGUUCACGGGAGAUUAUCGUCCAUACCGGGAGUUGAAGAGUUCCGAGGUAUCCCUUAUGGAAUUGUACCAGCAAGAUGGCAACAUGCUCAACUCCGUGAUCGAUUGCCACAUGAUGUCUUCGAUGCGACACACAAUGGCCCCCGCUGCCCACAACCGCAGGAGCCAAACAACACUGAAUUCUAUCAAUCGCAUCUCCACUUUCCACAAGAUGUGAAAGAGUCCGAGUUCGACUGCCUAAACCUGUUCAUCACGAGACCGAGCCCGAACGUUCUUGCUGCUGCCGGCCUUGAGUCUGACAGUCCUGGGCUGCCGGUUUAUGUAUACAUCCACGGAGGAGCAUAUGGUUUCGGCGCCGGGACAGAUCCUAUGUGGGAUCCAGCACGUCUUGUUAGAAAGUCCGUAUUGUUGGGGACCCCCAUCAUCGUCGCGACAAUCAAUUACCGACUCAAUAUGUUCGGAUUCGCCGCAUCCACUGACAUCACCGAUUCUCAGCCAGAAGACAAGAUGGGUUGCAACUUUGGGCUUGGGGACCAAAGAGUUGCCCUUGAGUGGGUGCAGCAUAACAUCGCGGCGUUCGGAGGCGAUUCAAAUCGAGUCACAGUCGGUGGCCAGUCGGCAGGCGGAAGCUCAUCUCAUGCUCAUGUUCUCGAAGCAGUGUUGGGCAAGGGGAAACCCUUGUGCCAGCAGGGGAUCAUUCAGUCCGGGGCUGUCGGAGUGCUUGGUCCUAUCACGAUGGAGAAUGCCAAUGCUCGAUGGGCCACUUUUUGCAAGCAGUUGGGCGCGACCAACGAAGAUACAGAGUCACGUAUGGCCGUCAUGCGGAAUGCGUCAGCAGAUGAUAUUAUACGUGCGAAUGUUGCGUUAGGAUGGUUUGCCUUUCCAUUAGUUAUAGAUGAGUUGACCAUUUCAGAAAGACCGAACGGACGUUGGAAUGUUCACCUCGACCGCAGCAAAAUGUUGAACACCUCAAAUGGUACGGUUAGACAGCCCAAGGAGACCAUAUCUGUUUUGGUCGGAGAUACAGAUCUCGAGGGUACACUUCAUCAGUCAUCAGUCAGCCAACUCGAGAGCUUCGAACAAAUUUGCGAUCGGUCAGCUGUCGCCGGGUUACCUGAAGAAUUCUGCAAUGCCUUUUAUACGGCGUACUGUCUGCGUUCAGGCAUGAGCACAGAGAGUCUGCACGAGCAAGUCUAUCGCUUCUUAUCAGACAUACAGUUUGGAUAUCCCGUUCAACGUUGCAGGGAGGAGCUGAUGGGUUGGGAGGAUCCAGGCCACAGUGGCGUGGAUGAGGAACUGUUCCCUAGAUCAACUCGGGUGCAAUCAUUUCGCAUGGCGGUCGGCAAUCCGUUUGCAGGAUUAAAUCACGGCAAAGCCCACCACUGUGUGGAUCUCAUCUAUAUUUACGACUGCUUCGAAAAAGCAUUGCGCAAAGCGGAUAAAUUGCUACCGCCCAGCACGGUAUCUAACGCGAGCCUAGUCGAUCGUAUUCAGACUGAUUGGAUCAUUUUUAUCACCGGUUCGCGGUCAGCCAUCUAUGAACCAGGCUUCGCAACCAUGUACCAGCCGGACCGAACUGCGAUCAUAGUCGACAUGGCAGUCGACGAGGCCUGGGCGGAUAGAAAGUCGCGACUAAGCCUCGUCGAUAGAUACCCGCAGGAGGCUAGGCGAAUUGCCGACAUCUUGAGUGGCGGAGGAAAUCUUUUCUAG